UACAGCACGAUACAAGUAAGGCAAACAUGGCAUCCAAGAUUCAGGAGAACCUCGAGCAAAGCAACAAUGUAUAUAUCACCACCUUCACCGAAGGUCACCUUGCGCUUCCGCCAGCGAAAAAAUACGCCGUCUUGACAUGCAUGGACGCCCGCAUCGACCCAGCAAGAGCAUUUGGAAUCAAUCUCGGGGACGCUCACGUCAUUCGCAACGCUGGUGCAUCUGCGAAAGAUGCUCUUCGAUCACUCGUCAUCUCCGAGCAGUUGCUCGGAACCCAAGAGAUCCUGUUGAUCAAACAUACCGGUUGCGGCAUGUUGACCUUCAAGAACGAGGACGCUCACGCGGCUGUCCGAACCAAUUUGGGAGAGGCGGCCGCGGCGGAGAUUGGUGGGCUGGAUUUCCUCCCUUUCCCAGAGCUGGAGGAGGCGGUUCGUGAGGAUGUGCGCUUUUUGAAGGGGAGUAAGGUAAUUCCGGAGGCUGUGACGAUCAGUGGAUGGGUCUAUGAGGUCGAGACUGGAAAGGCAAGAAGGGUUGUCUAGAGUUGUCGUUUUUCAGGCGCGGAUUGGAAAUCGGGUUGAAUUGAGCUAUCAUACGGUUAUGAACACUUAAUGAGCCCCUGGCGCCUUUCUCGAGUUAAGGGAGUCUUUGGACUUACUGCUGUUAAAUAUACGAUACCCCAUUCAUGGCAACAUUUCCAAGACCG